AUAUAUAUAUAUAUAUAUAUACAUGUAAUAAAUUAUGGCUAUUACAUCACAAUGUUCCUUAGACUUACUUACAGAUUCAUCAUCUCAUCUAUUAACUAAACCAUCAACACAUAUCAUUAAUAAUGAAUAUUUAUCUUAUCCAAUAAAUCCAAUGAUAGAAUCAUUUAUUGAUUCAUCAAAUAUUGAUGAAUUUCAUGGAAAAUCAAUAAAUGAUCAUCAUCAUCAUCAUAAUAAUAAUAAUAAUAAUAAUAAUAAAUCAUUAUCAUCGAAUUCUAUCAAUAAUUGUUCUAUAGAAACACAAUUAUAUAAUGAAGAAGAGAAAAUUUUAACACAAUGUUUAAUUCAUGAUCAUAAUUAUGAUCAUCAUCAUGAUCACCAUCAUCGUUAUACUACUACUACUACCACUAAUAAUAAUAAUAAUAUGAGUAGUAGUAAUGAUAAAGUAUUGAAUGAUGAUCUAUUAUUCAAUGAUUAUUAUGAUGAUAAUGAUCUAUUACAUAAUUCAUAUUUAUAUAAUAAUCCAUAUUAUGAUUUAGAUUAUAAUUUAACUGGAAUGACAACCACAUUCAAUCAUACAUCUUUAUUAAAUGAUACAGGUUUAACAAGACCUACAAGAAAAAUCGAUAAUGAUCCAACUAUAUUAUUAACUUUAUUAAAAUGGGCACGUAUCCAUUCAAAUCAAUUGAAUGGAGAUGAUGAUCAAAUUGAUAGAAUCAAUUAUCAAUAUACAAGUGUAUUAUUAUUAAUUUUAUUAACAUUAACUGGUUUUCGACAAUAUUUAUCUCAUCUCCCAUUACAAUGUUGGAUACCUCAAGAAUUUUCACGUAGUUGGGAAGAAUAUGCUGAACAUUAUUGUUGGGUAACAAAUACAUAUUUUGCUAAUGUUCAAUCAGCUAUUCCACCUGUAAAUAAUCGUACAACCGUUGUACGUUAUUAUCAAUGGGCUACAUUUGUAUUCAUAUUACAAGCUGCUGGAUUUUUUCUACCAUGUCUUAUAUGGAGAUUACUACAGAAUCAUUCAGGAUUUCAUGUUCAACGAAUAAUGCGUAGUGUAAUUCGUUUAAAUUAUACUGAAACAGAUUCAUCUCAAUUAAUUACAUAUGGAUUAGCACGAUAUAUUGAUAAUGUUAUUUAUCAUAGAUCAUAUAAACAAUGGCGUAUUCAUUCAUCAAAAAUGAAAUCAAAUUUUAAACAAACAUCAUCCAAGAAUAAUUCAAUGAUGAAAUCUACACAUAAAUCUACUUCUCAUACAUUAUCUUCUACAACAUCCUGUGAAAUUCCCAUCAUCGAGACAAAACUUGUUAAAUUUGAAAAUGAAUCAUUACCAAUAAAACAAACAUCAGUAUCAUGUAAAACAUUACCAAGUAAAUGUACUGUGUCAAGAAGUUAUAAAAAACAACGUGCACCACAACCACCAGUAACCAUUACUAAUUCUACGACUACGACUACUAAUACUACUACUACCACAACUACUGUUAUUACUACUACUACUACUACUACUACUACUACCACUACCACUGCUACAACUCCAAGGGUUAUAGUCACUACAACCAAUUCUUUUAAGAUAAACUCAGAUCAAAUCAUUUAUACAACUAGUCCUAUAUUAAAAUAUACAUCGAAUAUUACAGAAUCCAAAUUCAAUUCUUUAUCAAAACAAAAUGAUCAUAGAAAAUUAUUUUCACCUAUAUGUAAUACAUGUGGAUUAUGUUUUAAUAAUUUAUCAAUAAUCGAUAAAAAAAUAAAAACAAGAUCAAUUCAACCAUUAGUAACUACUUCGACAAUAAUAGAAAUACCACCAGCAUCACCAUCACCAUCACCACUACCACCAUCAUCAUCAUCAUCACCACCAACAGCAACAACAACAACAACAACAACAAACGAGUUAACAACCGGUGCAAAUUUAUUCAAUCCAAAGAAUAAUUCAAAAUUACAAAUUCCUCAAUCCACAUUGAAUCAAUUCCAACAAAAAUCAUCAUCAUCAUCAUCAUCAUCAUCAUCAUCUUCAUCUACAUCAACUCCAUCCUCAUCAUAUUGGUCAUAUUCUAAUAAACAACAAUCAAUAAAAUUUAAUAAACAAUCUUUAUUACAUAAUCAUAAAUCUAAAUCUAAAUUAUUUUAUAUUAAAAAUACAUGUUAUCAAUUAAUAUAUAAUUUAUGGUUAUUUCUACGUUGUUUAUUAACAUUAUUAUGUUUAUUACCAACAUGUUUAUUUCAUUGGUUGCUAUGUGGUAUUGGUGGUGGUGGUGGUGUUAGUAGUUGUGGUAGUGGUAGUGGUAGUGGUGGUGGUGGUGGUAGUAACAAAAAAUUUAAAACAAUUCAACGUAGUCAUAGUUUUUUAUUUUAUUUAUAUGUUACUAUAAAAUUAUUAUAUUUAAUUAAUAUUAUAGGACAAUUAUAUUUUAUGAAAAUAUUUCUUGGUGUAAAAUCAUAUUUUUUUGGUAUUUAUGUAUUAAAAGAUUUAAUCUAUGGGAAUAUAUGGAGUGAAACAGGACAUUUUCCACGUGUAACUUAUUGUGAUUUUGAAGCGAAAAAAUUAGGAAAAAAUUAUAAAUAUACUUUACAAUGUGUAUUACCAUUAAAUUUAUUUUUAGAAAAAGUUUAUGUAUUUCUAUGGUAUUGGUAUUUAUUUAUUGGUUUAUUAACAUUAUAUAGUUUUAUAAAAUGGUUAUUACGUUUAACUAUACCUAAUAAACAUAUUGAAUUUAUACAAAAAUAUUUAUUGAUUUCAUUUAAUAAUCAAUCAAUUAAUCAAUUUAAUCAAUAUCAUUUACAAUUAUUUAUAAAUCAAUAUUUAAAUCUUGAUGGUUUAUUUAUAUUAUGGUUAUUAUCUAUGAAUAUGAAUGAUAUAUUUAUGAAUCAUUUAUUGAUUUUAUUAUGGAAUUUAUUUAUAACAAGAUUAUAUACAUUUAAAUCAAUAUCAUUAUUAAAAAUCAAUAAUUCAUUGAUUAAUUCAUUCAAUAAUAAUAAUAAUAAUGAAAAUCAAUCCAAUUUAUUAUUAUUUAAAUCAAUAAUUAAUCAAAAUAAUAAUUAUAGAAAUACAUUACAAUAUUCAUCAUUAUUAAAUUAUCCUAAUGAUAAUCAAUUCUAUUUUAAUCAUAAUCAAUUUAUAGAUUUGAAAGAAUUUCAAUCAUAUUAUUAUCCAAGAAGUAAAUCUGAAGAAAUAAUGAAUAUUACCAUAACUACCACUACUACUACUACUACUACUACUAAUACAACAACUACUAAUACUACUAAUAGUAAUAAUAAUAAUAAUAAUAGUAAUCAUGAUCAUACGAACAUUUGUCAUUCAACAGAUAUAUUUGAAAGUUCAGAUAGUAUUGUAUAA